AUGGCGGAAAAGGGGAGUGGGGAUGUUAAAAAUAUUUACCUAAGUGAUGCAGUUCCUGGACGAAUAGAACAGAAAUUGUGUCAACCAUGUUUAAGUAAGGAUACACAAACAGUAGCUGAUGUGUUUUGUUCAACAUGUGACGAGUUUCAGUGUAAAGAAUGUUCAAACGUACAUACAACGCACGCGUUCUUGAGAAAUCACAAGCUAGUGAAUGCAAAAGAGAUGAAAACGAAACAAGUCUCGUUUGAUAUGAUGGGGUUUGACCAAUGUAAUGAGCAUCAGGAAGCAUUGAAAUUCUUCUGUGAAGAUGAGAAACAGCUCUGUUGCAGUACCUGUGCUAUUGUAGAUCACCGGAAAUGCCACAGGGUCGUUGAAAUUCAGAAGAUUGCCGGAAGAUUUACAUUUAGAAGUUCCAGCAUACAGGCCAGACUGCUGAAAGUAACAGAGAAAGCUAAACUUGUCGUUGAAAAUGCCAAGUCAUCCACAGAGCAACUGGGUCAGGAUGUUGAUGCGAUAUCGUUAACAAUAAGACGCAUGCAAGAUGAUGUAAACAAAACGUUUGAAGAUUUGAAAGUUUCCGUUGCUAAGGACGCUGAAUCGUUUAAAGCAGAAACACUCAAUAAAUUGACAAAGAAGCAAUCAGACAGAGAGAAACUUGUUGCUGAUGCAACAAAAUCUCUAGAAACAAUUGAUAACGUUCAUCAGAACGGGACGCCAUCACAACAGUUUAUAUUGGGACAUAGAAUGAAGAAACAAGUCAGAGAACUUAGCUGCAACGUUGACGAGGAAUGUCAAAGUUUAGAGACCGUUACCAUUUCGUUUGAUUUUGAUGAUACUAUGAAACUGCCCCCGCUUCCGAUUUCUUAUUACGUUCCAGGACAACUGACAUUAAAAUGCUCUUCACCGGAAGAUGUGAAACCUAUAACACCGUUAGCUCCGAUUGUUAAAUUAACGAAGAUUACUUGCAUUGAUGUGAAGCUGACUGGAGAUGAUGUGGAAGAACCGUUAUACUCAGGACUGGAUUUCCUGCCGGAUGGUAGACUGUUUGCCGUGGAUAAUAAAAAAAGGAAAUGCUUGAUUUACAAUGAGAAGCUUGAGAAAGUAGGAUCGUUUCAAUUAUCGUAUACACCACAGAGUGUUGUUGCUGUAUCCGAGGAGGAAGUGGCAAUAACAAGUGCCGAUCCUUGUAAGAUAGACUUUCUACGUGUCAGUAAAUCUAAUGAUAUAACUUUGAUCAGGACAUGUAAAGUUAUGACGCAGUAUGAUUCUAUAUGUAUGAAAGAUGAGAGAAAUUUUGUUGUUGGAACUUUCGAUGAUACAAGACCAGUUCGAAUGGUAUCUCUGUCAGGAGAAGAGAAAGAUUUCAGUAUCAACUUUCCGAACAAGAAAUAUCCUAUAGCUACUAGUGCUAGUACAUAUAUAAGAAACAGUGACAAAGUGGUUCUCGCCGAUAAGAACGAGCAUACUGUCUACAUAUAUGACGUCAAGAACAACACCAGAGUUGCUGUCAAGGACGACCAGAUCAAGAAACCAUGUGGUGUAGCAGUAGGUCCAUCCGACUGUAUCCUAGUUUGCAGUAAUGGAACAAAUUCCAUUGUACAGAUCUCUCAGACAGGUCGGGUCCUUUCAUCGUACAAGAUAGAUAUGGAACUCCCCUACAGUGUCUGUGUUUCUAAGGACAAAUCCAUCAUUGCUGUCACUAAUAACUUGGUCGGUGUAACCAAUUUGCAGCUGUUUAAAGUUGAAUGA